CAGGUCAGUCCAGCUUUUUGGUUCCCAGACUACGAAGCUCCGAUUUGCUCUAGAGAGAAUUAUUCGCAUUUGAUUCUCACUCACACACACACACACACACACACACAUACGGAGCCAUAGUCCGAAAAACUACAAAAAAACCAAACAGCCCCUCCAAAUCAAUCAAUCUCUCUCUCUGAUCGAAUCGAAUUCGAUAUCCGUACCAUGCCUUCCCGUAGAAGAACCCUCUUGAAGGUCAUCAUCCUCGGCGAUAGCGGGGUUGGAAAGACCUCUUUGAUGAACCAAUAUGUAAAUAGGAAGUUUAGCAAUCAAUACAAGGCGACAAUCGGAGCUGAUUUUUUGACAAAGGAAGUGCAGUUUGAAGAUAGGCUCUUCACCCUACAGAUCUGGGAUACAGCUGGCCAGGAAAGAUUCCAAAGCCUUGGUGUUGCCUUCUACCGUGGUGCUGAUUGCUGUGUUCUUGUAUAUGAUGUUAAUUCAAUGAAGUCAUUUGACAACCUUAACAACUGGAGAGAAGAAUUCCUUAUUCAGGCAAGUCCCUCAGAUCCAGAAAAUUUUCCAUUUGUUGUUCUAGGGAACAAGGUCGAUGUAGAUGGUGGAAAUAGUAGAGUGGUUUCAGAGAAAAAAGCUCGAGCUUGGUGUGCAUCAAAGGGAAAUAUUCCAUACUUUGAGACCUCUGCCAAGGAAGGUAUUAAUGUGGAAGAAGCCUUUCAGUGCAUAGCUAAGAAUGCCCUGAAGAGUGGUGAAGAGGAAGAAAUAUACUUGCCAGACACCAUUGAUGUUGCAAGCAGCAGUCAGCAGCGGUCAACUGGUUGUGAGUGCUAAAUAUAAUGCCUGGAUUUUUUUUUUUUCAGUAAAAUAAAUUUAUCUUUAGAAGUCCUAGAAACAAUUCGAUCCCGUUAAACUGUUUUAUUGUUAAGUAUGCUGCACUGUAUAUUAGUGUGUGAAACAAAUUAGUCCAUUUGUUGUGGUUGGAUUUGGUGGUUUGUUACCUGUGUAAGUACUGCUUGAAUGAUCAAGUUACAUUAUUUAUCAAGGUUAUUGUUGACAAUCAAAGUUCUAAAGAUGA